AAUAAUAAUAAUAAUAAUAAUAAUAAUAACAACAAUAACAAUAAUAAUAAUAAUAAUAAUAAUAAUAAUAACAAUAAUAAUAACAAUAACUAUAACAAUAACUAUAACAAUAACAAUAACAAUAACAAAAACAAUAAUAAUAAUAAUAAUAAUAAUAAUAAUAAUAACAACAAUAAAAAUAACAAUAAUAAUAAUAAUAAUAAUAAUAAUAAUAGUAAUAAUAAUAAUAAUAAUAACAAUAAUAAUAAUAAUAAUAACAAUAAUAAUAAUAAAAGCAACAAUAAUAAUAAUAAUAAUAAUAAUAAUAAUAAUAAUAAUAACAAUAACAAUAACAAUAACAAUAAUAAUAAUAAUAAUAAUAAUAAUAAUAAUAAUAAUAAUAAUAAUAAUAAUAAUAACAACAACAAUAACGAUAACAAUAAAAAAAACAAUAACAAUAACAAUAAUAAUAACAAUAACAAUAACAAUAACAUUAACAAUAACAAUAACAAUAACAAUAACAAUAACAAUAACAAUAACAAUUAUAAUAAUAAUAAUAGUAAUAAUAACAAUAAUAUUAAUAAUAGUAAUAAUAAUAAAAACAAUGUCAAUACCAAUGAUAAUAAUAAUAACAAUAACAAUAACAAUAACAAUAACAAUAACAAUAAUAAUAAAUAUAACAAUAACAACAACAAUAACGAUAACAAUAACAAUAACGAUAACAAUAACAAUAACACAAACAAUAACAAUAACAAUAACAAUAACAAUAACAAUAACAAUAACAAUAACAAUAACAAUAACAAUAACAAUAACAAUAACAAU